UCAAGUUCACAAUUACAUACCCUGCUUUUCUCUCAACUUAAUUUGGAAUCUUACUCUCUAGCUUGAUCAGUAAAACAAGCAGCAAUGGAAGGUUUAAGAACUUCCUCUGUUUCAUCAAUUCACAUCGCAACUUCAAUAAGCAAAACCCAAUUCACCAAACCCAAGUUCUUGAAUUUUCAGUUUAAUCCAGUACCCACUUCAACUUUCUCAAGAAAAAUACCAUCAACAUCCAAGCUUUUCACAACCAUAUCAUCAUCUCCAUCCUUCGUUUCAACACCUGAGCCAGAACUUGAAGCUGACUCUCAAGCAGAGAAGUUUGAUUGGUACGCACACUGGUAUCCCGUAAUGCCAGUUUGUGAUUUGGACAAGAGGGCUCCACAUGCAAAAAAGGUGAUGGGACUUGAUAUUGUGGUGUGGUGGGACAAGAAUGAGAGUUCAUGGAGAGUUUUCAACGAUGCUUGUCCUCAUAGGAUGGCACCGUUGUCUGAAGGAAGGGUCGAUCAAUGGGGAAGGUUACAGUGUGUGUACCAUGGUUGGUGUUUUAAUGGCUCUGGUAACUGCAACUUCAUUCCUCAAGCACCACCUGAUGGUCCUCCGGUCUCCACAUCUAAGAAAGCGUGUGUAGCAGUUUAUCCAAGCACAGUACAUCAUGACAUCGUGUGGUUUUGGCCAAACACUGAUCCACAAUACAAAGAUAUCAUUUUGAAGAAACAACCUCCCUUCAUCCCAGAAUUAGAUGAUCCAUCAUAUAUCAAGAUAACGGGUUCCAGAGAUUUGCCUUAUGGAUACGAAGUCUUGAUCGAAAACCUGAUGGAUCCUGCUCAUGUUCCCUAUGCACAUUAUGGAAUUAUGAGAACACGACAACCAAAAGUGAAGGCAGAUAGAGAAGGGGGCAGCCCAGUUGAAUUGAGUAUCAAGAAACUAGACAUAGAUGGUUUCAUUGGAAAUCAAGUCCAGUUUGGUAUUAAUAAAUUUAUAGCUCCCUGUAUCUCUUAUGCUGACAGUAGUCCUGUGAUUGAUCAAGGUGAUGAUGCAAUUGCUGAUACUGAAAAGAAACCUUCCAUGCAACGGAGAGAGGCCUUAAUUUUCUUUUGUGUUCCGGUCAGUCCAGGGAAUAGCAGAUUGAUUUGGGCCAUACCAAAAAACUACGGAGUUUGGAUUGCCAAAGUUCCACGAUUUAUUCAUCAUUCGGUAACCAACAUAGUUCUGGAUUCAGAUCUGUAUCUCCUUCAUCUGGAGGAGCGCAAGAUAAUGGAAAUUGGCGCUUCCAACUGGCAGAAGGCUUGUUUUGUGCCAGCAAAAUCAGAUGCUUUUGUGGUUGGUUUCAGAAAAUGGUUAAACAAGUAUGCUGGUGGUCAAGUUGAUUGGAGGGGCAACUACAGUGGAACUCUUCCCCCAACUCCUCCUAGAGAACAGCUGUUGGACAGGUAUUGGUCUCAUGUAGUAAACUGUCCCAGUUGCAAUUCUGCAUACAAGGGUCUCAAUGCACUAGAGGUUAUUCUGCAAUUUGCUUCUCUAGCUUUCAUUGGGAUUGCUGGUGCAACCAAGCACAAUGCAUAUACAAUGGUAGCAAUGGCAGUAGUAUGCUUUGUAGGUUCAAAAUGGCUGGAUCAAUUCAUCUACAAGAACUUCCAUUACCAUGACUACGAUCAUGCUUUUCGCUGAGGUGUGUUGAAAAUAUGUCUUCACUGGUGAAUGCAUGAUCCUGCAAUAGAUGGCUGAAAUGGAAUUUCAAGUCAGCAGAAUUCUUCUGCUCUUAAGUGCUGCUGUAGAAUAUGUUGUGGGAGGUGAAAAAACUUAAGCACGGUAUAUAGUUUUCUUGUGAAGUUAUUUUCAAAUAUUAUCUAGAGACGUUUAUUCGAAAUUUGUAACAUAUUAUUGCUGACAGUCAAGUAUUUUCCUUUAUCAUAAUGAUAAACAAACUCUAAUGAUUGAUUUAAA